AUGAUGUGUUCUCCCCUACCACCCUCACCCCGCAAUCCAAACACAAACGCGAGCACAUCUGACACAAAGAUCUUCCCUAGACCCCCUCCACCCUCCAAUACUCGGUUCACCCAAGAUGCGCUUCUUGGUUUCGAGCAGGAGAGGACAAGUUCUGAAGGAAGCUUUACCUGUAUGGAAGGUGGGGACGCCCCGCCAGGCAUCUCCAUGGGGCGCGCCAUGUCCUCGGAAGGCGACCUGGACCUCCUGGAGCAGCUGCUCUCCGGCGACAACGCCUGGCUUGAAGUGGCGCCCAACACUUCUCGCUCACCCAAUUUUUUUGCUUCUCCCUCCACCUUCCUCUCAGAUGCCACAGCCACCACCACCACGACGCCGGCAGGCGCAAACAGCACCCUGUGGAUUCCGCCAGCCUCCUCCACCGUCCGGCAAAGGUUUGAGCAAGCUCUGGAUUACAUCAAGCAGAUGCAGAGAGAUGCCGGCAUGCUUGUGCAGCUAUGGGUGCCGCAAAAAAACUGUGAUGGCAAGUUGGUGCUGACAACGAGCGGGCAGCCAUUUACUCUGGACAACACCUCAGAUAGACUCAUGCAGUUCAGGGAUGUGUCGACGCAUUACCACUUCUCUGCAGAUGUUGGGUCGGAAGCCUCACCGGUUGGGCUCCCCGGGAGGGUGUUCAUUGGCAAGCUACCUGAGUGGUCACCGGACGUUCGGCUCUUCACCAGCUAUGAAUACCCCAGGGUAAAAUAUGCUCAGGAUUUGGACGUCCAUGGGACGAUGGGGCUGCCGGUGUUCGAGAAGGGGAGUUACUCGUGCUUGGGUGUCAUGGAAUUGAUCAUGACCAGGCAGAAGCUCAACUUCACCUCAGAGAUCAACGACAUCUGCAGGGCUCUCCAGGCAGUUAACCUGAGAAGCACAGAAGUUUCAAGCACUCCGCGCGCCACAAAGUUCAACAGUGCUUCCUACAAAGAUGCUCUACCAGAGAUACUAGAAGUCCUAAGGGCAGCCUGCGUCACCCACAAUCUCCCAUUAGCUCAGACCUGGGUCACAUGUGCUCAACAAGGGAAACGGGGAAGCCGCCACACCGAUGAGAACUACCCGUACUGCAUCUCCACCAUUGACACAGCAUGCUACGUCAAUGAUCCCCAGAUGCAGAACUUCCAUGACUCCUGCUCUGACCACCACCUUCUGCGUGGGCAAGGAGUUGCAGGGAAAGCCUUCGAAACGAACCAGCCAUGCUUCUUACCAGACAUUGGAUCUUCAGCUAAAGAACACUAUCCAUUAUCCCACCAUGCUAAGAUCUUCAACUUAAAAGGUGCCGUGGCAAUCCGGUUGAGGUGCACGCGGACUGGGACAGCGGACUUUGUGCUAGAGUUCUUUCUGCCGACCAACUGUGAAGCCCUCGAGGAGCAAAAGGCAGUCCUGGACUCCUUGUCAGGCACCAUGCGUAGUGCUUGCCGAACUCUACGUGUGGUUACGGACAAGGAGAUUGGGGAUGAGGAAAUGCUGGAAGUGAAUGAGCUGAACUCAUUUGGUCCUCAAGGGGAGAAUAAGGUUGAAGAGUUGUCCUUUGGAAACCAAGCAACAGAACAUAGAGAGGAGGCAUCAUGGACAAGUCUAGCAAGGACUUCAAAAGAAUCAGAUUUAGCUGAAUUAAGUAUGCAUGGUAUGCUAUCACCUGUAGGACAGGGUCUAUCUCCAGCUGGUGCUCAGACAAGUGCACAAGGCAGCAAAGGGAAAAGGCGCACAAAGACAGAGAAGACUGUGAGCUUGCCGGUUCUUCGGCAGUACUUUGCUGGUAGCCUGAAAGAUGCAGCAAGGAGCCUUGGAGUGUGCCCUACCACCCUCAAAAGAAUAUGCAGGCAGCAUGGUAUAAAUCGCUGGCCAUCACGAAAGAUCAAGAAGGUAGACCAUUCUCUAAGAAAGCUGCAGCAGAUCAUUGAUUCAGUUCACGGAGGAGAGACAGCUUUCCAGCUUAAUACCCUGUACAAGGAUCUCACAAACACCUCUGUAUCAUCUGACAACAAUUUGUCAGGAAGCGUCACAGUUCCUCCACACAAGCAGAGCAAUCUCACUGAUUUUGAGGGGCACCGACACCACAGGCUAAGCAGUAAUGUGCCAUCAACCUCACACUCACACUCAUCAUGCAGCCAAAGUUCUGAUUCAAGCCCGUCAUCGUGCAGUGGUGGAUCAACAAAGCAUCCACCUCAGGCUGGAGUUGAUUUGCUUAUGUCAGGAAAUCCUGUAAAUCACAGCCCUGUCCAGACUCUGCAAACAGAAAAUGCAUCAAUAAGAGGACAUUUCCCAGUUCAGGAGGCACCAGAUCUGUUGCAUAAUCUGAACCAACAGGCUUUAGGUGGGCAGCAUUCUUCUCGAAGCCCAUCACCCCCAAAACAGAAUGCAGAUGCAGGUAUGAGAAUAAAGGCCACAUUUGGCUCAGAAAAGGUCAGGUUCAGAUUGAAGCCUGAGUGUAGUUUUCAAGAACUGAAGCAGGAGAUGGCAAGACGUUUGAGUAUAGUAGACACAAGCUUUUUGAUUGUAAAGUACCUGGAUGAUGAUUUAGAGUGGGUCUUGAUGACAUGCGAUGCAGAUUUACAGGAAUGCCUUCAUGUAUAUAAACUAGCAAAUCUCCAAACAGUCAAAAUUUCAGUUCAUCUAGCUCCUAUUCCGGAGGCAAGGGUCACUAUUGGUCACACUGGUUUGUCAUAA